AUGAUUCCUGUACAAAUAUUGAAAAAUAUCUAAAAUCAGAAUACCCAACAUCGUUAAACAAAUUCAGCUUUUCUAAAAUCAAGAAAACACUCUCCUAUUACCCAUUUAAUCGUUACUCGUCAUCCAAGGGUAAGCUAGCAAAUGAAAGAGUAGUCAAAUUCUCCAUCAACUUAAAUAAAGACCUCCUCCUCUUAAUAUCCCUAGAUAAUUUAAUCAGUUGAAUAAAUGAAAAGAUUUCCAACUGAAGCUAAUGUAAAGUCUAUUAAGGGAUCAACAAUAUAAAUUUCCAAUGCUCUAAAACUGUUUUCCUCAAAACAUCCUUCUGAUUAAUAUUAGAACACACUAAAAUUUUCUUCUUUUUUAUAUGAAAAAGUUAAUGAAUAAUCAAUUUAUACAAAAACAACUACUGGAGAAAGUUAAGAGAAUGAUAAGGAAUUCAACCAAGGUAAAGUAUUAAAUGGGAUUUUAGACUCUUUCAUUGUUUAUAAUAAUGUUUUGCAUGGUAAAAACCUAGAAAUCUAAAAAUUAGAGAAAGAGUUAAAAUAACUGAAAUAAGAAAAUGUAUUAUAUUAUUGAUCAUUUAGAGAAAAUAUCAAAAUUUAGAAAAAGAUUACUAAACUAUAUUGUAGGAAAAUUAAAAUUUAAAACUAAAAUUAUAGAAUUAAUAAACAGAAAUAACCUUAUUAAAUCAUUAGUAGACAUGUAAUUCGUUAAGAAAAUAAUCUGA